CUUAUUUUCAUACUUUUUUGCUAUAUAAAUACAACACAACCCCAAACCUCACUUUACCACACUUAACACUCACACUCUUCAAUGGCCAUGUCAUUACUCUCCAACAUGUUUCUCUUCCUCUGUUUCUUCUUCUUCUCUGUUACCGUCUCUGCACAACUCAACCACACCAACACCAAAACCAACAACACCACAAACUUAAACUCACUCUCACUUUCUUUCCCUCUCACAUUACACCUCUCCACAAACACCACCUCAAAAAUGCUAUACAGUUCUAUGGUUUCAAAUUCAAAGCGCAACCCACGACUCAAAACACCACCUUCAUCUUCUUACAACAACAACAACAAGUUCUCUUUCAAAUACUCAAUGGCUCUCAUCGUGUCCCUUCCCAUUGGAACACCACCGCAGGUUCAACAAAUGGUGUUGGACACAGGAAGCCAACUCUCGUGGAUUCAGUGUCACAAUAAAGCACCAAAGAAGCCUCCACCAACGGCGUCGUUUGAUCCUUCUCUCUCUUCCACUUUCUCUAUCCUCCCCUGUACACACCCUAUGUGCAAACCUCGAAUUCCCGAUUUUACCCUCUCCACGUCCUGUGUCCAGAACCGCCUCUGCCACUACUCUUACUUCUAUGCCGACGGUACCUACGCCGAGGGCAAUCUCGUCAGAGAAAAACUCACUUUCUCGCGUUCCGUUAUUACCCCUCCCCUUAUUCUAGGUUGCGCCACUGAAUCCGACGACGCAAGGGGCAUUUUGGGAAUGAACCGUGGGCGCUUGUCCUUCGCUUCCCAAUCGAAAAUUACCAAAUUCUCUUAUUGUGUACCCACCCGACUGACCCGACCCGGAUCCUUCCCAACCGGGUCGUUCUAUCUCGGUAACAACCCGAAUUCUGCAGGGUUCCGGUACGUCGAAAUGUUGACAUUUACUCAGAGUCAACGCAUGCCGAACCUUGAUCCCUUAGCCUACACCGUCGCGAUACAGGGGAUUAGGAUCGGCGGGAAGAAGCUGAGCAUCUCGCCGGCGGUUUUCGUUGCGGACGCGGGCGGGUCGGGUCAAACUAUUGUUGACUCCGGAUCCGAGUUCACGUACCUUGUUAACGAGGCUUACGGUAAGGUGCGGGAGGAAGUAGCGAGGGUAGUGGGGCCCGGGAUGAAGAAGGGGUACGUGUACGGUGGAGUUGCUGACAUGUGUUUCGACGGUGAUGCCAUCGAGAUCGGACGGUUAAUAGGGGACAUGGUGUUUGAGUUUGAGAAAGGCGUGGAGAUAGUAGUUCCCAAGGAGAGGGUUCUUGCUGACGUGGGAGGUGGGGUCCACUGUAUUGGGAUUGGAAGCUCCGAAAAAUUGAAUGCGGCCAGUAACAUUAUUGGGAAUUUUCACCAGCAAAAUAUGUGGGUGGAAUUUGAUCUGACCAAUCGUAGAGUGGGUUUUGGUAGGGCUGAUUGUAGCAGAUUGGCUAAGUAGAGAGAGGGGAAAGAUGGGAUAGGUGCUGGUGCAUGUACAAUAUAAUAUGAACGAGACUGAUGUAUAUACGAGGAUUAGGGGUUACGUAUCAUGAUAUUAAUAUUGAUAUUAAUAUAUGAACCAAUGUUUUUUUCAAAGAUAUUAUAUUGUAUGUCUGAAUGUUCUCCUAGUCGAUUUUAUUUGUAUAUGUUGUGCAAAUAUUAUGUAAU